GCAGCGGCUGCGCAUCGGCGAUGCAUUGGUGCUGUUGCGAGACCUUCAGACCCCAUCUAUUCGUACCACAUUCGGCAGCCCUGAAUCGCAGAGGCGACGGUCGCUUGUUGGGGAGCGUUGGGCGCAGAGCGCGACCCUCCGUGGCAAUUGCGCUGGCGACAGGUGGUGGCUGCCCGCUGUCUGCGAAGGCGCCUGACGUUACCGCUCGGAAUGGACUCGGUGGCAAGGUUGCGUUCCGGAUCGAGGCGCGCCGUCGACGCUCCUCGCAGCCAGCAGCAUAGCAUCGGACCGCACGUUGCGCAGCAUUUGGCCGCACCUUCCGUCCGCGGGGUCGGAGGUGAUGGGCUCGGAGCCGGGAGACGGGGGAGGAGGUGGAAGGUUGCACAGUGGCAGAUUUCACCCUGGUGCCGUGUGCUGUUCCCUCCCCCUUGCCUGUUGACGAUACCGUCGAUGGUUCAGCUCUGCAUCUGCAGCCCCGCGCCCCAGGCAUACGCGGUCAUGGACGUCACGAUGGGGUCCCCGCCUGCGCUCCUGAGGCUGCACCGCCUCCUCCUGCUUGAGGCCGCGUGCGCCCUGGUGCUGCUUCCUCUGCAGGCCGUUGUGUGGCUGGCGUCCUUCUCGGGGCGCACGGAGGUACGGAACAUGGGAAUGCUUCUUUUCAUUGUGGCGGUGCCUAUUGCCGUGACGGCGCUUCGCGCUCCUCUGCUCGUGCGCAUCAACAGCAGGUGCUCACAGCUGGUGUUGGCAUCCGAGCUUCAAAAUGCGGCUGUGGCCACUGGCAUGGUGCAGCUGCUGCGGAGUGACAGCAGCAGGCGUGUCUGGAUUACUUCUGCCGCCCUUGCGGGCUGGUAUGCGUUUGGGGUAUCUUGGAAUUACAUCGGCGAGCCCUGCAGGGCAAUCACGGAGCCCAUCCGCUUCUGGAAGAUGAAGCCGGAGUCUGCGCCGUGCGAGUGCUGGGAGACGAUCUGCACCCUCCUCCUGCUGGCGAAUGGCACGCUGGGCGCGCUGAUCCUCGCGGCGCCCGCCGCAGUGGCUGCCUUCCAGAGCCGAUUCAUGCCGUCGCGCUCCAGGGGCAUCCCGGUGCGGGCCCUCGCGUCGUGCCUGCCGGAGCACGUCAUAGGGGCCGAGGGGGCGCCCGGCUUCUCGGGCGAGGGCGAGGGCGGCCCGUGCGCCAUCUGCAUCGAGCCCCUGCGCCCUGGGGACGCGGCGCGGCGGCUGCCCUGCGGGCACUGCUUCCACAGCCCGGGGGUGCGCCGAAGAGGUGGCUCACGAAGUCCGCCACGUGCCCCAUGCGCUGCCAGCUGGACCUGUGGGGGCUGGUGCGCGCAGAGCAUCACGUCCCGCCGUCCCGCGUGCCAGAGGGGGAGACCGUGGGCCUGCUGGACGUCGCCUGAAGCGGGGCUUCGCCCCAAAAGCGUUCCCGCCCUCUGAGGGGUCUUUUCGCUGGCCCCCGUGACCCUGCUGAGAUGCUCCGCAGCCGCCGCGCAGCAAAGGGGCUCUGAGCUGAGGUGCU